CAUCCGUCCUCCUCUGAUAACGGAGGCGUUGUAAGGAAAGCAGUGUGUCUCACUGAGAGGUAACCGUCUUGACAACAUGCUGCUACGAAGCACAGGGAAGCUGAGCAUAGAAAACAAGAAGGGAUAUCUUGACAGUACCAUAUCUACGCCUCCUCAGAGGGAUCUGUGGUGCCACUGUCACCAUCAUUGCCCUGAAGAAUCAGUUAACAACACCUGCAAAACGGACGGAUACUGCUUUACCAUAAUGGAAGAAGGUGAUUCUGGAGGCCAUGUCAUCACAUCAGGGUGCCUGGGCAAAGAAGGUUCAGAUUUUCAAUGUCGGGAUACCCCAAAGUCGUCUCAGCGAAGGGCCAUUGAAUGCUGCACAGAUCGAGACUUCUGCAACCGAGAUCUUCAUCCCACACUGCCACCCCAAGACAUGAGAGAUUUUGUAGAUGGAAGCAGCCACCACAUAGCUCUGCUGAUCUCCGUCACAGUUUGCAGCAUCGUUCUUGCUCUCCUCAUCAUAUUCUGCUACUUCAGGUAUAAAAGGCAAGAGGAAAGACCACACUACAACAUGGGCAUUGAGCAGGAUGAAACCUUCAUUCCACCCGGAGAAUCCCUCAAGGAUCUUAUUGAGCAAUCGCAAAGCUCGGGCAGCGGUUCAGGGCUCCCUCUCCUGGUGCAAAGGACGAUAGCUAAGCAGAUUCAGAUGGUGAAGCAGAUCGGCAAAGGCCGGUACGGUGAAGUCUGGAUGGGGAGAUGGCGUGGUGAGAAGGUUGCUGUGAAAGUCUUCUUCACCAUGGAAGAGGCAAGCUGGUUCAGGGAGACAGAAAUUUAUCAGACCGUAUUAAUGAGGCACGAGAACAUCCUUGGCUUCAUUGCUGCUGACAUCAAAGGAACAGGAUCGUGGACCCAGCUGUACCUGAUCACAGACUACCAUGAAAACGGAUCUCUUUACGACUACUUGAAGUCCACGACCCUUGAUACAAAAGCCAUGCUAAAGCUGGCAUACUCGACAGUCAGUGGGCUCUGUCACUUGCACACGGAGAUCUUUGGUACACAGGGAAAGCCAGCCAUUGCCCACCGGGACCUGAAAAGCAAAAAUAUCUUGGUGAAAAAGAACGGGAUGUGCUGUAUCGCGGACCUGGGCCUGGCUGUUAAAUUUAUCAGCGACACCAAUGAAGUGGACAUACCCCUCAACACCAGGGUAGGCACAAAACGCUACAUGGCUCCAGAAGUGUUGGAUGAAACUCUCAAUCGAAACCAUUUCCAAUCAUACAUCAUGGCAGACAUGUACAGCUUUGGUCUAAUCCUCUGGGAGAUAGCUCGUCGUUGUGUGUCUGUGGGUAUUGUUGAAGAAUACCAGCUCCCAUAUCAUGACUUAGUGUCCAGCGACCCAUCCUUUGAAGAUAUGAGGGAAGUUGUGUGCAUCAAGCAGCUGAGACCAUCUUUCCCCAAUCGAUGGACUAGUGACGAGUGUUUGAGACAAAUGGGGAAAGUGAUGACAGAAAGCUGGGCACACAACCCAGCCUCCCGGCUAACAGCACUCCGAGUGAAGAAAACAUUGGCUAAAAUGUCCGAAUCGCAAGAUAUAAAGCUCUGAUGCAACAUCAGAACUCCGCUCAGUCCUAGAGACCCUCACGUAGCACCUAACCCAUCAAAGCUGGGAGGGAGAGUGACAGCCUU